AUGGAAGAUGAAAAGCUACCAAAGACCAUCGAAGAUGGCGUCAGCUCUCACUUUGAGCGCGCUCAGGAUAUUGAUCCAGCCAUUGAAAAGAGGCAAGUCGUUAUCAUAACCACUAGUAUGCGAUGCGAUUUACCUAGAAUCGUGCGCAAGAUUGAUACACGGCUAAUGCCUUUUACCGUUUUGAUCUACCUUCUCUGCUACAUGGAUAGAUCCAACAUUGGCAAUGCGAAAAUUCUAAACGCCGACAAAGGCCACGAUUUACUCGAUUCAACACACAUGACUACUAAAGAGUAUACCAUUGCUCUCAUGGUCUUUUUGGUGGCAUAUUCCUUAUUCGAGGCACCGAGUAACCUCGCCGCAAAGGCUUUCCAGCCUAACUAUUGGCUAGGCUUCUUGGUUAUCGGCUUCGGAGCCUUCUGCACAGCCAUUGCCGGAGCGAAAAGCUUCGCCAGCACAUCGGCGCUUCGGUUCUUCCUUGGUGCUUUCGAGGCCGGUAUAUUUCCUGGAAUGGUCUUCUUCAUGAGUUUCUGGUAUAAGGCGGAAGAGCGGGCAACUCGAAUUGCACUGUUUCUUUGCAGCGCCACACUGGCUGGUGCGUUUGGCGGUGCUAUUGCAUUUGGUGUUGGUCAUUUAGAUGGUAGAGCUGGAUUAGAAGGCUGGCGAUGGCUAUUCAUUGUCGAAGGCGUUCCCUCCAUUGCUCUGGGAAUCUUGACAUUCUUGUUUAUGCCAAGUUAUCCGGAAAAGGCCAGCUGGCUUACUGAAGAGGAAAAGGCCAUCCAAGUGCUACGCCUUGGCGUAAAUUCGUCUCACGGUGACGCAAAGCUCAACUGGGAAGACGCAAAGGCGACCCUCAAGGAUGUCAGGCUAUAUGUGCACUACGUAACAUACUUGUGCAUCGGAGUUGGCGUCUCGUCGCUGUCGCUCUUUGCCCCUACUAUUGUCGCUGGUCUUGGAUACAAGGACCUUCAGGCUCAGCUUUUUACUAUUCCCCCCUAUGCGGUAGCUUAUGUUGUUACUCUUGUCUUGGCCAUGAUAUCUGAUCGUCAGAGGACGAGAGGUCUCGUAGCUGGCGGGUGCUUCCUCUUUGGCACCAUUGCUUUUAUUAUUCAAGCUUGUUUACCGGGUCAUCUUUUUGCUGCUCGUUAUGCAAUGCUUUGCAUUAGUACGGCCGGUGUCUUUGCCGGUCUGCCCCCACUAUGCGCCUGGAUUUCAGAUAAUGUGCGGACUACCACCGCAGGAUCUCUAGCUACGGGACUCAACAUUGCUUUUACGGGGCCUGGCCAGAUUAUAGGUGUUUGGAUCUAUCGCGCGCAAGAUGCGCCUUUCUACCGCUUGGGCCAUGGCAUUAAUGCCGGCUUUCUGGCUGUGGGUACUGUUUUGAGCUUUUCUUUGUGGUGGCAUUAUACGCGGUUGAAUAAGAAGUUGGUUGGCACCAGUGAGCCUAGAUGGGUGGCUUAAAUGUAUCAUCUUGGCGUUAGAGGUACUG